CUGGGACCCGCCUGGCCGAGCGCGCCGGCGCCGCGACCGCAGACAAAGGCGCCGCUCGCGCCCGGGUGCCGCGCUCAGCGCUCCCCCUCGGGAAGGAGACUCGGCCUGAAGUGUGCCACGUUCCUGCAGGCUCUUUGCGGACACCAGACAUCUCAGUCCAGGUGGUGAAGGAGUAUGCUGCCCACAUCCAAAGGCUCUGGAGGAUCCUUGCCCAGAAGGACUCGGGACAUCAGGCGUAACUUGUGUAAAGCACACGAGAAGUAUUUGGCUUUCUCUAGCUUUUUUCCCAAACCACACUGGUUUGGUUUUUGAACUCUAAGGUAAGCUGAUUUUUAAAAAGCUGACAGAAAUAGAAAGAAGCCCCUAGACAUCUUUAGAACUCUCUGACAGGAUUCCUUCAUACUACUGAGUACAUAGAGGGGGGCUCUGAAUCAGCUGAGCUUUGGGCCCUUUUAAGUAAAGGAAUAGAGCUCAGCAAACAGCUCCUGCACUUGAGCCAGAGACCGCCUCUGACAAAAAGGAAUUCAAAGGGGAGAGAUGCUGCACAUUGUACUGUGAGAUGCAUGGUGACAGGAAAUGUCACCUUCCCCCAGAUAAUGAUCCUAGAUCUGCAGAAAGGAUGAGCCAUUGCAAGCAUCAGGGAGGACUUUGGGAGCAGAAGAGUUAGUGGACAGCUGUCGCCACCCCAGUAAGGAAGACACCUGAACAACUCAGCCAGCAGGGAGCUGCGCCAGGAGCAAAAACAUACCUUAGCUGCCGAACUUUGCAAGAUGAGGUGUGCUGGAGCAGCCACUAGCCAGGACUUGGCCUUUCCUGCCUGCCCCUUCAUCACAUGGGCAGUCCUAGAGCACUGAGCCACAAUGGCCGAGAAGGGUGACUGCUUCGCCAGUGUCUAUGGGUACGACCUUGGUGGGCGCUUUGUUGACUUCCAACCCCUGGGCUUUGGCAUCAAUGGGCUGGUGCUGUCGGCCGUGGACAGCCGGGCCUGCCGGAAGGUGGCAGUAAAGAAGAUCACCCUGAGUGAUUCCCGCAGCAUGAAGCAUGCGCUGCGGGAGAUCAAAAUCAUCCGGCGCCUGGACCACGACAACAUUGUGAAGGUGUAUGAGGUGUUGGGGCCCAAGGGCACCGACCUUCAGGGUGAGCUGUUCAAGUACAGUGUGGCCUACAUUAUCCAGGAAUACAUGGAGACUGACCUGGCGCGCCUGCUGGAGCAGGGCACACUGACGGAAGAGCACGCCAAGCUAUUCAUGUACCAGUUGCUCCGUGGGCUCAAGUACAUCCACUCUGCCAACGUGCUGCACAGGGACCUGAAGCCCGCCAACAUCUUCAUCAGCACAGAGGACCUUGUGCUCAAGAUUGGGGAUUUUGGGUUGGCAAGGAUCGUGGAUCAGCAUUACUCGCACAAGGGUUAUCUGUCAGAGGGGCUGGUGACAAAGUGGUACCGCUCUCCACGACUGCUCCUAUCCCCCAACAACUAUACGAAAGCCAUCGACAUGUGGGCAGCCGGGUGCAUCCUGGCGGAGAUGCUCACAGGGAAGAUGCUCUUUGCCGGAGCUCAUGAACUGGAGCAGAUGCAGCUGAUCCUAGAGACCGUCCCCGUGAUCCGCGAGGAGGACAAGGACGAGCUGCUCCGCGUCAUGCCAUCCUUCAUCAGCAGCAGCUGGGAGGUGAAGAGGCCGCUGCGCAAGCUGCUGCCUGACGUGAACAGUGAAGCCAUUGACUUUCUGGAGAAGAUCCUGACCUUUAACCCCAUGGACCGCCUGACAGCUGAGAUGGGGCUGCAGCAUCCCUACAUGAGCCCAUACGCAUGCCCUGAGGAUGAGCCCACCUCGCAGCACCCCUUCCGCAUAGAGGACGAGAUUGAUGACAUCGUCCUGAUGGCCACCAACCAGAGUCAGCUCUCCAACUGGGACAGGUACCCAGUGAGUCUGUCGUCAGACCUGGAGUGGCGACCUGACCGGUGCCAGGACACCAGUGAGGUACAGCGCGACCCGCGCGCGGGCUCGGCACCUCUCAUGGAGGACGUGCAGGUGGACCCUCGCAAGGACUCGCAGAGCAGCUCUGAGCGCUUCCUGGAGCAGUCACACUCAUCCAUGGAGCGUGCCUUUGAGGCUGACUACGGGCGCUCCUGUGACUAUAAGGUGGGGUCACCGUCCUACCUGGACAAGCUACUGUGGCGUGACAAUAAGCCGCACCACUAUUCGGAGCCCAAGCUCAUCUUAGAUCUGUCACAUUGGAAGCAGUCGGCGGGUGCGCCUUCCACGGCUGCCGUAGUGACAGACGCAGUGGCACCCGAGGAGGAGCCAGCCAGCCUUUUCCUGGAGAUCGCCCAGUGGGUCAAGAGCACACAGGGCGGACCCGAGAGCACUAGCCCGCCCCGAGAUGGCCCCGAGCGCCGCCUGUCCCCCUCACCCUCUGACUGCGCGGCCCCGGUUGACGGGGGUGCAAGCCCUCAGUUUGACUUGGAUGUGUUUAUCUCGCGUGCUUUGAAACUCUGCACCAAGCCUGAGGACCUGCCAGAGGACAAACUGGGUGACCUCAAUGGCGCAUGCAUCACAGAACACCCUGGUGACCUCGUGCAACCGGAGGCCUUCUCCAAAGAAAGGUGGUGAAGCCAGAGGGGGCCUUUGUAGUCCCUAGCAGGAAACCACCCCAGAAAGCCCUGCCUGGCCGGAGGGGAUCACCACCCCUUCUGCCCCUCUCUGCAGCCUUGGGGUUAGCAGAGCACAUGAAGGAUCCGAGGAGCAAGAGGAAUGUCCAUUUCUUAAACUGCCUUAAUUACCAGCCUUUAAUCUCUGGGAGCAACUUUGAACAGGAGCUGACUGGGAGUAACCACUUUCCCAGCAAAAAGGAGGCCGUGUGUUUUAUAAGUGGCAGGGCAUGGGAAAAAGCGAGUCUUAACGACAGUCUGCAAGCCCUGCCUGCGUGGUCAGGUGCAGAGCAGAUUGCAAACACGAUUGUGAAGCCAUCUGGCUCACCAGCCUCACCUGACAGCUGAGGAAGGACACUCAGGCCCAGAGAAGCAAGGUGAUUUAUUGAGGUUCAUCGACUUGUUUAGUCAGUGUCAGGGUGAGCCUUGAAUCCCAGUCUCCAGCCCCUGGACCAGUGUCUGUCCCCAGUAUCAUGUCUUCCUCUGCUAGGUCAUCUGGCUUUGUUUUUUGUUUUUGUGGGGUUUUUGGCAAGAAAACUUGGUCCGAGAUGUUUCUGCCCUGUCCAUUACCAUCUGAUCCACCCAGCUCUUUAAUUCAGAGCAAUGUUCCUUGUAUUCUUAAACUGGAAACUGAAUCAGUUUCUGCUAGUCCCAGGCAUAUGUUUACUGGCUCCCCAAAUAUGUAGAUGUUCUCAUCUGCCACCCCCUCCUCCAUGUUUGCCUCAUCUCUGUGUGGUCUGAAAUCUUUGUUUCAGAGCAGAGCAGUGCAGGGUCCUGGGGAAAGUUGGCCACUCUCCCAGGCCUGUGCACACACCUCUGGCGCGCCCCAUGCACUUUCCUGACUCGCACAGAGACACUGUCCUCAUUCCCCGGUGGAUGUCGUACAUGAUGAGUUUGAAGACAGCCGUAGGACGAAUCCCUCCACCCUAAUCUCUUGCAUUCACCUGCCCCCCCACACACACACACACGUACAGAGCUCCUCUCCAAACCCACCCCGGCACAGGAAGUUCUCAGUACAUAUUGCUCACUUGGAGGAAAACAAUGAGAUGCCUGCCAUAGACCAAACACAUCAGGAGGGAAGGUUUCACAUGGGACCUGUCACCCCUCAGGCAUACUGCCCUUGAUUUGGGCCAUCCAUUUAGCACUGGCUGAGAGCAGGCCCUAAGAAAAAGCACUGGUCAACUAGCAACCUUGGGGCAAGGAACUCAGAAAGAUAGGACAGGUAACAACUGAAGUUCCCCCCACACACACAACACGAGCUUGGAGUACACACCCCUCUGCAGAAGCAUGGGUUGGAGUCACUCACAGUCCCUGGAACUCUGCCAUUGGUGUCCAUCUCUUUACUUUCCCCAAAACCCCAAAGAUACCCAAGGAAGUCUAGCCAGCCUGUAGGGAGGAGAUUCCCCCAGUGUGGGUCUUGGACUGUGUUUACUCUCACAUCUCAGCACCUUAAAUUCAAUCAGCAAGUUAUCAUUUGUACACUGAAACCUGCUACAUGUUAGGAGCUUAUAUUUAAAAACAGAAUGUAAUCACAUUGACCUGUUUUUAAAUGAAAAUAUGUAAAUAUGAAGAAUUUAGGCUUUGCUUUAAGAAAAAAAAAAAAAGGAAAUAUAUACCAGUCCUCAUGUGCCAUUGUGUCCUCAGAGUGUGACUUUACUUUUUGGGUAAAGGAACAAGCUGCUGACCUUGACCAGAAGUUCGUGUAUAGUUGUCCUUACAGAGAAAUUCUUAUAACUACUCAUUUUUUUUAAAGACAAUUCUAUUAAACAUUAUUAAACUUGAUCAGGAUGGGCCAAAUAAAGUUUUAU